GCGAAUAAGGCCGCCAUAAAGCGUAGAGAGCGCAAAAGAAAGCGAAUUCAGAGGCAAGGAGUCCUAACAAAGGCACAGGGCUCUAAUAUAAUCGCUUAAAAGGAAGCUAAUGAAUAAAUUGAGGGGGAAAUGCGUCAAAAUAGGAGGCGCCCGGGUGGAAGUGCACGGCAGCAGGCGCGCUGCAGGCGCUGCGGCGAGACAGGACAUAACUCUCGUACGUGUCAAAAAGAUAAGGAAAUUGUUGUAGAUUAGACUGCAGGUCGUAUUAAGUUAAUAUCUAUUGGCGUUGUGGAGCAAUUUGCAUUUAAUGUUGCGAUUUGCUUGUGAGGUGGGCCACUCGCUUGGGUGGGCCGCUCGCUUGUGGAGUACGUUACAAGACUUCGUACACCUAAGCUUAGUGGCUUAUAUUGACGACGCGGACGGAGGAACUUCGAGAUAUGAAAAAAUGGGGAGAUGUAAGAGAGAUAGGUGAAAUGAUUUGCGAGGAGUCGACAGAAGGAUUUCUAACAUGCGCUCCGUCUUCAUUCGUCGAUGUAUGAUGACAGCCGAACGAGCAAAGAGCUGUCUAUGCGGAAAAAUUCUCUAAGCCUUAUGUCUUCGAAGAUUUAAAAGAGCAUCAACACUCAAUCACAAGGAAGCGUUUGAUGGAUGACAGUCUAUGAAUAUGUCAGGAAGAAGAAGAAAGGAGGCGGGGGUGAAGCGGG